CGCAGUAGCUCUGUGAGAGGAAAGACGGAGUCUGUCAUUCUUUUUUUUAUAUUUUAUAUGAGCACACGGACAACCCCGUCAUCUUGAAGCAUGUGGACAGGAAGAGGAAAGCUGCUGCUCUUAUAUUUGCUACUGGCGGAGGCUCUUUACGCUAAAGGGACCAAAACGGAUUGCCAGACUGGACAGUUUCAGUGCAAGAACGGCAGGUGUAUUCCUACGCCGUGGCGAUGCGACGACGACGAUGACUGCUCUGACAACAGCGAUGAAGAAAACUGUCCAAAAAAGACAUGUGCCACGACAGACUUUGCCUGUAAGAAUGGACAGUGUGUGCCAGCUCGCUGGAGGUGCGAUGGUGAGCCUGAGUGUGCAGAUGGGUCCGACGAAGCUGACUCUACCUGCAGUCGGCAAACCUGUCCCCCUGAGAAGUUUGACUGUGGCGGCAGUACAAACAAGUGUGUGUCACUCUCCUGGCGCUGUGACGGAGAGACAGAUUGUGAAAAUGGAGCAGAUGAGGAACAGUGUGCUGCUGAUGCCAAGGCCUGUCCAGCUAAGGAAUUCCAGUGUCGGAAUCGGCUGUGUGUGGCACCCACGUUUGUGUGUGAUGGUGAUGAUGAUUGUGGAGACGGCAGCGAUGAGGAGAAGUGCACAGCAUCCACAGCCAGCACCUGCACCCCACACGAGUUCCGCUGCAACGACUCAGAGUGUAUCCCAGUUCUGUGGAGCUGCGAUGGAGACCCUGACUGUGGUGAUAAAUCAGAUGAGUCGCUUGAGCGCUGUAGCCGCAGGACGGAGCCACAGAAACCCCGCUGUCCAGCUGGAGAGUUCCAGUGCGGCAGUGGAGAGUGUGUCCACCUCAACUGGAAAUGUGACGGUGACGCAGAUUGUAAGGACAAGUCAGACGAGACAAACUGUCCUCUGUUGACCUGCAGACCAGAUGAGUUCCAGUGUGGCGAUGGUUCCUGCAUUCAUGGCACUAAGCAGUGUAACCGUGUGCACGACUGCCCUGACUUCAGUGAUGAAGCGGGCUGCAUCAACAAGACUACUAAGUGUGAUGGGCCACUGAAGUUCACGUGUAAGAACGGAGAAUGUAUUGACAGUAACAAGGUCUGUGACAACAUCAAAGACUGCAAGGACUGGUCAGAUGAGCCAAUUAAGGAGUGCGGCCUCAAUGAAUGUGCCAACAACAAUGGUGGCUGUUCUCAUAUAUGCAAGGACCGGCGGAUAGGCUAUGAGUGUGAAUGCCCCUCAGGUUACAAGCUGCUGGAUAAGAAGACUUGUGGAGACAUAGACGAAUGUGAGAACCCAGACGCCUGCAGUCAAAUCUGCAUCAACUACAAAGGCGACUACAAGUGUGAAUGCUAUGAGGGGUACGAGAUGGAUCCGGUUACCAAGACCUGCAAGGCAGUGGGUAAGAGCCCAUACCUGAUGUUCACCAACCGACACGAAAUCCGGCGGAUUGACCUCGUAAGGAGGGAUUAUACCCAGGUGGUGCCCACCUUGAAGAAUGCUGUAGCGCUGGAUGUAGACGUGACCACCAAUAAAAUGUACUGGUGUGACCUCUUUCAUCGCAAGAUCUUCAGUGCAUAUAUCAACAAAGCCAGCAACUCAUCUGAACAGACCACACUUAUUGACACUGCACUACAUUCACCGGAAGGCAUAGCUGUGGAUUGGGUCCAUAAGAACAUCUACUGGACUGAUUCUGGACACAAGACCAUUUCUGUUGCAACUAGUGAUGGCAAGAAGAGAAAAGUGUUGAUUGAUACUGAACUGAGUGAACCACGUGCAAUUGCUGUUGACCCAAGACAAGGAUUUAUGUACUGGUCAGACUGGGGGACACAGGCCAAGAUUGAGAAGGCUGGGAUGAAUGGGGUGGAUCGGCAGGUGCUGGUCUCAGAGAGAAUUGAGUGGCCCAAUGGAAUUACUCUAGAUUUAUCCAGCAGACGUCUGUACUGGGUGGACUCUAAGCUCCAUCUUAUCUCCAGUGUGGAUCUCAAUGGGGACAACCGCAGAGUUCUACUCUCCUCUAUGGACCAUUUGGGUCACCCGUUUGCCCUCACCCUGUUUGAGGACCACGUGUACUGGACGGACCUAGAGGAUGAAGCCAUCUAUAGUGUCAAUCGGUUGACUGGGCACGACGUGGCCAUGCUGGCACAGCACCUCAACAACCCGCUGGAUGUGGUGGUUUUUCAUGAGCUCCGGCAGCCCCAAGCUCCAGACAGCUGUAACAUGGGAAGUCUGCCCAACGGAGGCUGUGAGUACCUGUGCCUCAGAGCUCCUCAGAUCACCGAGCAUUCACCCAAAUACACCUGUGCCUGCCCUGAUGACGCAGAGCUGGGUCCAGACAUGCGCCGCUGUGUCACAGUGGUAAAACCCAAGACUACAACCACUACACCUUCCACUACUACCACAACAAGAGUAACUCCAAACAUCACUUCUGUCUCUACAUCUACCACCACCACAACUACCACCAGUACAACCAGCAGUACUACCACCUCUACGACUCCAACUACAACUGCUGCUGCUGUCACAUCUGCAUCUCACAUCUCACCUCAUAAAACCACGCACAGUACCACAGCUCCAAAUCCGUCUACCCCGCUGUCUUCUACCACCACGCAUUCAUCUCCAACUUCAUCCUCUACUACAAGCAGCACUCAGACCAGCAGCACCCAGACCAGCAGCACCCAGACCAGCACCACGCCACAAUGGCAACAGCAUACCUCCACCCAAAGAACAGCAGACAGCAGCCAGACGACUAGCCCAAGCACAGUCUCCCAGAGUGACGGGGCAAAAGGCGAGAACAGCAACCUCUCGCACCGCGCUGCAAGUGAUCACUUCCUCCUGGGUAACAACAUUACUGUAGCAGUUCUGGGUAUUGUCAUCCCCAUAGUGGUAAUCGGCCUGCUGUGUACCGGAGGCUACCUGGUCUGGCGCAACUGGAGGCGACGCAACACCAAGAGCAUGAACUUCGAUAACCCAGUGUACCGCAAGACCACGGAGGACGAUGACGAUGAUGAGAUCCACAUCGGACGCAGCGAGCAGAUCGGCCACGUCUACCCAGCCCGCGUGGCGCUCAGUAUGGAGGAUGAUGGAUUUCCCUGAGGCCGUUUUCUCCUUCCCUCUAUCCCUCCCUUCUCCCUUCCCUCCCCUCCCUGUGUCCAUCCAUCCUCACGUCUCGGACCCGUGGUCUCCUGGGGAGACUACACCGCUACACAGGGGGGCACACAGAGAGAGCAGAGGACACAGGCGCUCGCUCUCCAUGGCUGAGUGUUACCAGACAAACUGGGUUUGUCUUUUAGUGUCUGUAGAAGCCUGUAGUUGUUCUUUCAGAAUCAGCAGUCAUUACAGACUAACAAUAACCUCUGCUUAUUUUUAGCUUCUUUAUAGCACUACUCUUACUACUGCCUUUACCCAUAGGAACAGUAGUAGUCAAUGCUGCUUAAUAAUGACUAACCUUACAGACAUGUCCUAUUAGAACUCCUGAUGGGGGUUGCUGCAGCGUGCACUGCAGGAAUGGCCUGCUGUGUUUCAUUAAUUAGAUGCUAAUUUUUUAAUUUUUUAUUUUUUGGCUGAUGUAAACAUGCUAAGCCUGUUUGGGGCUGAGCCAUGGAUGCAGAAAUGGGUAUCCUUGUGGGCAUGGCUGUGCCAGAGGCGAAUAACACAGGAAACAGCGGGACACAGCUCAGGGGAGGGGACGGUGGCUAAUCUGCUCUAUUGGCAUGAGAUGUUCAUAAAAUUAACACUGAAUGGGGAUGGAGGGCAUGGAAUUUGCAUACACAAUGUAUGUAAAAUUCUGAUGCAAACAAUUGAGACGGUCUGAAGUGAUAUCUUAUAUGACGAUGAAAUUAUUUGUUUGCUAUUGUGAACAGGACCAAGUAACCAGUAAGUAAGUCCUGAAAGUUAAUGUUUUUUUCUUGCAGCAAUCUUCCAGUACCACAUCAACUGUACUUAGAUGUCUUCCAUACAUAAUGGAUCCAGGCGUAAUCUUUCAUGAUUAUUUAACGUGUCAUAUAAGGAUCUGGAGCAGGAAAGGAAGACAGUUUCCCAUACUGUACGUGUCUUUUUCUUCAGCACACCAGCACUGGGUCUUCCAUGUCCCAGAGCUCGCUACUCCUGAGCUCUUCCCAGCCUAAUCAUCUGCAGGGAUAAAAAGCAUCUCAGUACUCCUGCAUAAGUUUCUGUUACCAGUUUAGUAUAUGAUUUUUAGUUUUACCUCAGUCAUAUGUUAUUGUGCACACAUAAAGGAAUAAGGUUGAUUGUUUGAAAAUCAGCCCUGAAAACAGAGUUGAUUGUGAUGUGAUUUGUUCUAUGACCAAAACUCUGUCACAUCUACUCCUCCUGCCUGUAUUUAGCUGCUGAAGAUGACACUAAAUACCACGUGGUAUGACUUAAUUGUACAAAAGAUUAAUCAUAGAUACUGUUCUCUGACUAUCCUCUCAGCCAUAUGAGCUUCCUGCUCAUAUCCGGGUCUAUCAUGCUGAGCCCAUCCGGUACGGUCCACAAGAUGAAUGAGUGGUCAUUUAUCUCUGUACCAUUUCAUCUUUGGAACACUGCUCAGCUGAUUGGACACCUGUAAGACACAGGUUCAAAUCUGACCUGAUAAAGUAAUGAAGCCCUGAAGUCAAGAGUCAAGCUCGCAUACUGCUGUACAUAUGGAAACUGUUCAAGGUGACCUAAGCAUGUUUGAGACAUGCUGUCACCUUAGUAGAUUGUGCAGCCCUGACAAUAUAAGCCUUGGCUUAAAGAGGAAUUCCACACAAAAGAAGAGAUUUUCUCUUAUUUACCUUGAUGUGCUGAGAGAAAAGCGGUACGAGUUCUGGCAUUCUCACCAGAACAAGACAUUUGCCUGCUCGGAACUGAUAAUAAGACUUCACAAUUGCCAGAUGGUGCAUUUUGAUUAUAUUGGUGUGGCAGAAUUCUCUGCCUUGUGAAGAUUUUUUUUUUGGGCUAGAUUUCUCUCUUAAGCGAUUCGCGAACAGGGUGUGCAAGACUGUUGACUCCUCAUCAUCUGUGUGUGUGUUAUGUGUGCUGUGCUGCACUGCGUGUGGGUGGCCUUGCAUCUGGAGUGCCUGUUUGUUCUUGGCCCCCUCUGCUAUUCUCUCCCGUGACAUGCCUAGUAAAGCAUAGAGCUUGUACAACACCUUCAACAUUUCAAAGAGAACUCCUCCAAUAAGAUACUGCAUGCUUGCUAGUGUAGGAGUCAGCUGGUCAAGGUUCUUUCGGCAUGAAUUGUGGGAGACGUGGGAGAGAGGGGUGGGCGCAUGUGAAGUUCUUUCUCUGAUUGCAAUGGCCAGCAUUUGCUGCUUUAGUGUACAGACUCUGCUGAGCGUGCUGGCAUGUAGCUUUCCAUCUUUGUGGAUGGCAGUGCUGCGAUGAAUUUGAUCUGUCAGGAUGAUCUGAAGCUGGCAGAUGUAUCCUUAUCGCAGUUUGCUUUUGUAGGAAUCCGUCACUGUUCAUCCUCAGUGGUGUUUCACGUGGACCAGUUUCAAAAACGAAUUUUACCGCUGUCAUAUUAAAUUCUCGUCACUCAUAAUUGAACAUGUCAUGACGAAUGAUGGACCAAAAAAAAUUGUCCAAAAUUACAUAUUGAUUUUUGUGGAUGUGCAUGGAAGUUAAGAAAGUCUUUCCUUCUCCUAAAGAUAUGUUCUGUUAUGACAGUGACGUUUAGAAACGGUUUGUUAGUCAAAAAAAAUCUUUUGUAACAUUGCUAAGGUAAUAGACUACAUUUUUUAAUGUUCUAAUGUUAUAGAACUUGUACUUCAGAUACUUCUUUGACACCAGGUCUAAUAAUGUGAACCACAUAGGUCUCGGAUUCUUAAGAAUCUUAGACGAGCAAUACAGGGUAAUAAUACUUGUCUUUCUCCAGACUAGGUCUGGGUAUUUGUGUGUGUUUUGUAUGUGUACAUAAAUAUAUAUGGUUAGUGUUUUCUGCUUUUAGAGAUCAGAGUUCUGCACAAACAUCCUUUUCUAAGUAGCCGUGACUCCAUAACUUCAGGUGCUGCUAUGGAGUUUGCUCAUCUUCAAACACUUUUAAAGGGAUGCUUUGAUGCUUUGAGGACUCUAGCUAUCAAGAUUUUUGGAGACUGUUUGAGUUCUGUAAGUUAGGGAUACGUAGAGACAUGUUAUCAACCAUAAUUUAUUUUGCGGUCUCAAAGUUCUAGAAGAAGCUUUUAGAGUCUGUCAGCUAAAACUCAGCCUCUCUGUAGAUGACUACCAGUGCUUUGUCGACCUUUCUGCAUUCUUACUCUAUGCAUAUCUAAUGGUAAUCCCUGCUGUCCUAUGGUGCAGUGCAGGGUUGCACCGAGCUGCUUCUUCAUCUCUACCCAUCGUGACUAACAUCAGUUUUUAACCAUUUCCAACCUUCUCACCCCACCUACUCAAUCAACUCAUCCUCCUCAUGGCCCCAAAUAGUUAUGUUGUGUUUGAAAGGGCUAGCUUUUCCUCCACAUGGGGGAAAAAAACACACUGGACAAAUGAGCUCUCCUGAAACUGUACAGUACUCCCUCCUCGGUGUGGUGGACUUCGAGAGCAAAGCCCCCCCAAGUGAUUUGACUUGUGAAAGGUAUAUCUGGUGACUUAACUGUAAAGCUUGGUCCUUUUCACCCUGGUGACAUUCCUAUCGGUUCGCUUUGUAAUCUGUGGAUAUUAUGACCUCCAUUUUGAUUUCCCUUGUGAGAUCGUGUACUACUUGAAGAAAUGUCCAAGCAAAUUUUCCUUGUUUUUUUUUUUUUUUUUUUCAUAUGUCGAUGUACAGUAUCAGGAAGCAGAAAGAAGGGGUCUGUUAUUUUCAUUCAAACAAACAUGUCCAUUCCACAACCGUAUCCAAGAUAUUUUCUACACUGUUUGUUGCACAAACUUUUUUGAGAAGCCUUCUGCACUGUGUAAAUGAUUACAUGGGGGGAGGGGGGAUGGAGGGGGGUUGAUGGGAGCUGUCCACCGGGUUUGAAUCAUGAUUUGUAAAUACGUUUUCAUACAGCAAAACUUUUGAUAAUGUUUUGAACAUUUCUUUAAAAGGAUAUGUAUAUUAGCCUCCUGGAGAAGAAGAGUGUAGACCAUAUAUGAAUUUAUUUGUACACGAGAGCACUGGAUUUCUUUACUACUUGAUUGUAACUAAAAAUUAAUCUGCCAAAGUGAUUUAAUUUUUUUUUCCUCUGUGUGUGUUUAAUUUAAUUAGAUUUUUAACAGUAAAUCAUUGCAGAAAUAGGCAUUCAUGUUGUAUUUAAUUCUAUUUAAUAGAUUCUGUUCUUUGUUGAAAGAGAGGAUUAUCAGUUUAAUUUAUUGGUGCCUUGUUUGUGUUUAUGUACUUUAUUUUUUUGUGUUUUUGUGUCUGUGUAGGUUUUUUUUUUUCUUUUGGGGGUGGAUUUUAAUUUAGUGACACUGUACUUACAUGGGAUAUCUGUACUGUAUGCCAAAUGGUCUCACUCACGUUUGUAUGAAAAUGAGCUGUUGAUAAAUAUCUCUAUAUAUUGAUAUAUUAAAUCGAUAAAAAUCA